CGGGGCCGAGGGUUUGAACCGGGGGUCUGUCGUCCGCGGCGGGGCUGCGUCGGCUGCGGCGGGUGUGGGAGGUGGCGACGGCCGGGGCCGGGGUCCCUGCCCGGCUGCGGAGGCAGGCGCGAGGGGCGCGGGGGUCGCUGCUCCUGAGGCAAUGAUGGGCAAGGAGGAGGAGAUUGCGCGGAUCGCCCGGAGGCUGGACAAGAUGGUGACCAAGAAGAGCGCGUAGGCAGAAGGAGGUGAUAUUGUCCGUUGAGAUCUAAAGUCCUUUAUGAAGGUCCUCCUUCUCCUUCCAGGAGGGAGCCAUGGAUCUGCUGCGGGAGCUGAAGGCCAUGCCUAUCACGCUGCACCUGCUCCAGUCCACCCGAGUCGGGAUGUCUGUCAACGCCCUUCGGAAGCAGAGCUCGGACGAGGAGGUCAUUGCACUGGCCAAGUCCCUCAUCAAGUCCUGGAAGAAGCUCCUGGAUGCUUCCGAUGCCAAAGCCAGGGAGCGGGGGAGGGGCACGCCUCUGCCCACGUCCUCAAGGGAUGCCUCAGAGGCCCCGGAUCCCAGCCGCAAGAGGCCGGAGCUGCCCAGGGCACCGUCGACUCCGAGGAUCACCACGUUUCCGCCGGUGCCUGUCACCUGUGAUGCCGUGCGCAGCAAGUGCCGUGAGAUGCUGACUGCUGCCCUGCAGACAGACCGUGACCACGUGGCCAUCGGUGCGGACUGCGAGCGCCUGUCGGCUCAGAUUGAGGAAUGCAUCUUCCGGGACGUUGGAAACACAGACAUGAAGUAUAAGAACCGUGUACGGAGUCGUAUCUCCAACCUGAAGGAUGCCAAGAACCCUGACCUGCGGCGGAAUGUGCUGUGUGGGGCCAUAACACCCCAGCAGAUCGCCGUGAUGACCUCAGAGGAGAUGGCCAGUGACGAGCUGAAGGAGAUCCGUAAGACCAUGACCAAGGAGGCCAUCCGAGAGCACCAGAUGGCCCGCACUGGCGGCACGCAGACAGACCUGUUCACCUGCGGCAAGUGCAGGAAGAAGAACUGCACCUACACACAGGUGCAGACCCGCAGCUCUGACGAGCCCAUGACCACCUUUGUUGUCUGCAAUGAGUGUGGAAACCGCUGGAAGUUCUGCUGAGCCCUCGUGUAGAUGUGCUGCAGCCUUGGGCCCUCCCCUGCCCACGUCCUCCGUUGACACAGCUUCUCUGGAGACCCUAGAAGGCGGCAUGUCCUGCCCUCAACCUGCCUGCCUGGAUUGCACCUUUCUGCCCUUUCCCCCUCGUUAUUAAAUGUUUCUUUUUGCCA